ACUCUGUCUGCGUCAGUAGCAGGGCUCCCACCCGCUUUAGAAUGAGGAACAGUGCAAAAUAAAGGAGCAAGAAAGUGAACCCAGAAGUUGGGUAUCUUUGAGUGAGUCUACCCUAGAAAGGCCUCAGAGAGACCUCCGAAUUCCUCUACGAACAAGGCACGUGCGCACAAUUUCGAUCCGCUUUGACCGUAGAGAGAGCACUUUAACAGAGAGUCAGCUGCCAUUGAGGUUUCGGAGGCGGCGUUGUUCUCCCGCGCGCUCCUUCCAACCAAUCAACGGGAAGAACCCCAAAGCGCUGUGCUUCCUCCUCUCCGGAAGGUUUCAGAAAGGUGGACUUUGGGCUCGAGGUGAACAACUGACAUCCCUAACAUGGAAGGAGAAGCAUCGACUGGAGCUCCAAAACCCACCCAAGAAUCCAUAAUUAAAGAAGAGACAAUUACUGAGAGAAAAUGGGUGAAGCUCAAUCAGACCACUUACCUUGAUCCCACCGGUAAAACAAGAAUAUGGGAAACUGUGAAGCGUACUACCAGAAGAGAGGGCAUCUCUGCUGAUGGUGUUGCUGUUAUUCCUGUGUUGCAAAGGACUCUUCAUUAUGACUGUGUUGUCUUAGUGAAACAGUUUAGGCCUCCCAUGGGAGCCUAUUGCCUGGAGUUCCCUGCAGGUCUAAUUGACCCCAAUGAAACCCCAGAAAGUGCUGCUUUGCGUGAACUGGAAGAAGAAACAGGAUAUAAAGGAGACAUCCUUGAAUGCUCUCCGGCUUUAUGUCUGGAUCCUGGCUUGACGAACUGCUCAUCACACAUUGCAACAGUCACCAUUAAUGGAGAUAGUACCCUCAAUUUGAAGCCCAAACAAAAACCUGAGGAAGGAGAAUUUGUCGAAGUUGUCACACUACCAAAGAACGAUUUAUUGCAAAGAAUUGAAGAACUGGUGGCAGAGGAGAACCUUAUUGUGGAUGCAAAGUUAUAUGCUUAUGCCUUGGCAUUGCGACAUGCAACAGAUAAGCCCUUCCAAGUGCCAUUUAUGAAAUUCUAAGCCUGCGCCAUACUUAAUUCUUUCAGAGGUUCAGCAAUUAACAAGUUGUUUUUGAAUAAUUUACAGUAAGCUUUGAAAAGCAAAGUAUUAUUAGCAGUCGUGUCUGGAAUAAUGUAAUUGAUCUGUGUAUUAUAAAACAGAUAAAAUGUCUAAUUCUGUACUGAUUAACUGGACUUCCCUGAAGCACAAAUAAAUGUCAUUGAAUCAUCUGUACAA